AUGGAUAUUGUUUAUGGUGCAUGGAGAAAUGAAAUUGAAGAGAAUACAAUAACAUAUCCUCAUGAAGCACCAGAAGUUGGUGGAAUUGUUCAUCUCAGUGAUGAGGAACAAAAACAGAUCAUGGGAACGAAAGAAGUUCCAAGGCAUCUAUGUUGUAGUAAUCCCUACUGGCUUUAUAGAAUUUAUCAAGACACCACUGUUGACAUAAAAUCACUCCUACUUGUUACUGAAACAGCAGAAAACAAGCAAAGAAAGAUGUCUUCUAGGCCAAAACCUGCUUAUGACCACACACUUUACCCAAGUAAAGUUAUCAAUGUAACAUGUCAACUUCCUCCAGAGGAGCUACAGCCAGCCUUAUGGUUCUCAUGGGAACCACCCUUAAAUAUACCUUUUAUAGCUGGCAGAGAUGUGAGAUAUGAGGUGUGGAUUCAACCCAGUGGACAAGAAAAUUAUGCUGCAUACAUACUUGAUCUGACAGAGUAUACAUUUACAGAAAAUUUGCUAAGAAACACACAUUACAAUGUUUGGGUCAGGUGUAUUGUUAAUGAAAACUCUGGGCCUUUUGGUGAUGUUGCACACUGUGAAACAAAAUGA